GUCAGGACAGCUCCUAUGCUAAUAAGGGGGCAGCCCCUAACUCCUGCCCAAGCUCUCUACAUCCAGGGGCAGAUCUGGGUGGCACCCACUGUUUAUGACUAUUGUCCUGUGCCCAUGGAUGAGCACCUGAGGAAGCCGGCCCUGGGGGACCACCAGCUGCUGAGGCGGCUGGGGAUCACGCUGCUCCUGGUGGUGGCGGGGGGUGUGCUUGUGGCCAUGAUCAUCUUCGCUGUCAGGGCCAACACUGAGGCCUGCAGGGACGGUCUCCAAGCAGUGCAGGAGUGUCGCAACGUCACCCACGUUCUGGACCACCAGCUAAGCCGGGCCCAGGAAGUCUUACGGGGUGCCGAGGCCCAGGCCGCCACCUGCAAUCAGACUGUGGUGACCCUGAGGGCUUCCCUGGAGAUGGAGAAGGCUCACAGCCGGGAGCAGCUGGCGCGAGCGCUGCAGCUUGAGGAGGAGAUGUCGGCUCUGAGACAGCAGCUGCAGAACGCCCUGGCGGAGGCGGAGCGACUACGAAAAUGGAAUGAUGAUGCCUCAGGCGGGAACAACGACUCCGCCAGCUCCCUGAACGGCCUCAGCCCCUUGGUGGUCGCUGUGCUGCUGCUCCUAGGCCUCCAGGCUCUGCUGCGCUGAGAUCCCAGGAAGCGGCCCUAAGCAGAGGGCGGCCUGGGGAGAAGAAAGCUGAGGAGGGGAGGGAGGGCGUCGGGGAGGGCCAGGGUCUGGAGAGGUGGCCUGCCUGCAGGGUGGAGGGCUAGGUGCAGGGGAGAGGGUCUUGGGAAGGAUGAGAGAGCUCAGUGGGGAGGGAGGGGGCCCUGGGGCAGGGCGCCUGUGUUCUGUCUGCCCCGAGUCUGCCCUAAGUCCCUCUUAUGAUGUCUCUGAGGUCACAAUCUGGAUUGGUCCGGUUCCCUCUCUGCCUCCACCUUGGAGGCUUCCCUGACCUGGCAGUUCUGAGGGGCCACGCUGCAGCACUGUUGAGGGGGAGGGAGGGGGGACCCAAGUAGCAGUGGGGGUCUAUGGUGCAUCGCUAGGGGGACCAUGGGGCAACCUUGGGGGGUGAGGAAGCAGCAGAAUUGGCCCAGGGCUGCCUCCCCCACCCCCCAGAGCUGGGCAGGGCAUAGUGUGGGGGCACCUGCCUCUUGUUGUCACGGUUUCUGGAAGGUCACUUUGUUCUGAGGUCUUUGGGCUCCAAAAAAGUAAACACCCCUUUUGGGGGGAAAGACUCUA